UACUGUGUAGAAGCUUAGAGAAGGAAAAUAGCAACAAACGACGACUUUAACACACAUAUUACAUAUAACUAAGCUUGUUAGUCACUGUGUGUAUAGCCACAUUUGUUUGCUUUGUUUACAAUGAAUGUGCAGUGGCGGGAGUCGUUGUGUGUGGCCUCUCAUGUAGGCUAAGUUAAGACACGGAGCUAAUAUUUGUCCUAGUAGUUAGCGAGUAGUGGGGUUGUUUACAAUAGUUUUCAAAGAUGUAUACUUUAUUAUCUGGAUUAUAUAAGUACAUGUUCCAAAAGGAUGAAUAUUGCGUGUUGAUCCUGGGGCUGGAUAACGCUGGGAAAACGACCUUUCUGGAACAAACCAAAACAAAGUUCAGCAAGAACUAUAAGGGAAUGAAUCUGUCAAAAAUCACAACUACAGUUGGUCUGAACAUUGGUACGAUUGAUGUGGGGAAAGCUCGCCUAAUGUUCUGGGAUCUGGGAGGUCAGGAUGAGCUGCAGUCUCUGUGGGACAAAUACUAUGCCGAGUCCCAUGGAGUCAUCUACGUGAUAGAUUCAACUGAUGAAGAGCGUCUGUCAGAAUCAAAGGAGGCCUUCGAGAAAAUGAUCAGCAAUGAGGCGUUAGAAGGGGUUCCACUCCUGGUGUUGGCCAACAAGCAGGAUGUACCGAACUGUUUGUCAGUGCCGGACAUUAAAACAGCCUUCAGCGACUGUGCCCCGAAGAUUGGAAAGAGAGAUUGUUUAGUGCAGCCUUGUACCGCUCUCACAGGAGAUGGAGUGAACGAAGGCAUCGAGUGGAUGGUGAAGUGCGUGAUCAGAAACAUUCACCGACCACCCAGACAGAAGGACAUCACAUAAGAAGUGACCAUCUCUCUCUCCUCUUUGGUUUGGACUGUGAGUUUCUCCUCGAGGACAUUCCGUGUUAAACCCUGGAGCUGAUUAACUUUUCCUCUCUCCUCGUGUUCGCUGUGACUUUGAACAGUGUGGAUUUCUGCUUUGUAGGAGUUCAACACAGACAGAGCGAGACAGUAUUUUUUUAAAUCACUGAGCGAAGCGUCAGACGUGCUCGGAACGGACGUCUGUCAGUUCCAGAUGUUACACCUUUUUUUGAAGCGGUUAUGAUGUACAAGCAGUAGCUUCAGUGUCAGCAACAUCUGUAUGGAGCUCCACUGACUGACACUGUGAUCAGAAGAGUGUGAAAACAUCAAUUUGAUACAUGAAUUCUCUCCUAAAACAUACAAAACCCUCGUAGUUACUCCAUGUAUGCAUGUGUCAGAUUAUCUAAGACAUUUCUAGCUCACAUUUUAAGGUUUGAACUCUCCAAACUGUACACUACCUCUAAAAAAAACAUGGGAACAUUUACUUCUUUACCUCAUCUGCCCGAAAGCAGGCAGGAAUGUUGCUUCUUUUAGUGUGUAAACUACCUUUGUGUACCUGAUGUGAUACGGUUUGCUCAUCAUGCCAUUACUUUGCUAAGAUAAGUUAUUGAUCGAUAUAUAAAAACAUUUUCUUGCUAUUCACAACUCUUUCUAUUUACAAGGCAAAGAGGCAAAUGCUUCCUCGUUGUGUGGCAGCUGUGUGGCUUUAAGAGUUUAAACCAUCAAUAUGUCAGCUAUAAAUCAUCAUCUGAGUCCAACUCUGAAUAGAAAAGAAGAAGAACUUUACUAUUAGGGCUGGGUGAUAUGGGCAGAAUCAGAUAUCAUGAUAUUUUUGACCAAAUACCUUGAUAUCAGUAUUUUGACAGUAUUGUAGGGAUGACUAUCGGUGCUUUCACAAAAUAUUUACACAAUGAGAUUUUUGAUAAAUAAUAAUCAGUAAUGUGGAUAGAAUGAGUAAGUGGAUAAAAGCAGAUAAUACAACAGUCUGUUAAGCUCAGAACAUGACAUUUUACUUUAAUGCAGCCUUUAAAAGCAGGAAAAUACACUUAUUCCAUAUUACCAUAUUCAAAAUCGUACACAAUAUCUAUAAAAUAUCACGAUAUCGAUAUAAUAUUGAUUUAUUGCCAGUCCUACUCAUUAUACAGAGUUUCAUAUACAUGUAGGUGAUAGUUUCUGUCUUUUCUGCACUCUUUGCUCACAGUAUAUAAGUCACUGAGCUCCAUACAAACUGAUGCAGCACCAGAGUCUGUGCAGACUUGUGUGAGUGGUAUGUAUGCGAUUCAGCAGCCAUUUCAUUGACUGUUUGUUUAUGUCACCCCUGUAUCAUGGAAAACAUUGAUAGUCCGAUCACUUAUUGAUCUGCUUUGGACUUUGUUAAUGCUCUGUAUGAUUUGACACUACAGCUGAUAGGGUAACUGGAAAUGAUAUGUAUAAAACACAAACGGGUGCUGAACACACAGAGACCUUGCUGGCCUUUGCUGAAUCGCUGUAUACAGUACCAGCAGUUUAUCUCAGUUUGUAAGAAGCAGUUAAAAUAAACUGGAGGUGACGUGCUGUCAGUCACAUAUGUGGUUCAUUAUAAUAAAUUCCUGAUUUCUGAAACUAAAUCUGUCAUGUUUGAAUUCUAGCUAUAGUGUCAGUCCUCACAUUGACUCGUAUGGCUCCAUCCAGGAUUGUAUUUAUCAAGCUAUGAACACUAAUUAUAUGUUAUUGAUUAGAGUUUCUUUGCUUUUUUACUACCUGAAUUAUACGGCAACUGUAAGGUACCAUUUCAUCGAUCAUUAACUGCUAUGCAGAUAAAAUUCAGUGUCGUCAAGAUGAAUAGUUGUUCAGGUUUACAAAAGGUGAAACGUUAAGAAUGUAAAGUGGAUGUUUGAGAUAUACAUAUUCAUACAUAUAUACAAGACAAAAUAUGCAAGUAGUAUUUAUGAGAAG